CUGGUUCUCUCUCUAUUUGUCGUGGAUCAUGAAUUGUCAGUGUCACUGAACAGUCUGUCAAACAGAUGUUAUACAGUAAAAAAUCCGCGCGAAUCAAAUCACAAACGAUGUUGAUGUGUUGAAGACGUCACCAGCACGACAGCUUCCAAUAUAAACAAAAAUAUUAUUUCAGUGACCUAACAAGAUGCCUAAAAAAAUGGUGCAUCGUCCUGUAACAUGGUUAAGUGACGAGAUCGUUGAUAAACCAACAUUAUCAAACUCAUUCCAUUAUUAUACGAAAUUCCAGUUUAAAAAUUUGACAGCAGAGACUGGUCAAUUUGUAUUGAUAUCAAAUGCUGAUGCUGCAGAACCUGACACGGAAGAAGGUUGUGAUGCAGCUCGUAUACUCGAGCUGUAUGAAGACACAUCAAAUAAGAAUGAUCCAUUUCGAGCAAAAGUUCAAUGGUAUUCGAGGCCUGAUAGCCUUCCAAAUUGGUGCUUUAAUAAUAUGGAUCAUAUUGAAUUUCUAGAUAGAGAGGUUAUUGAAGAUCACCGUCCAUUUGACACAGAUGUCUCCAUAGAGACUUUCUAUAAGAUUUGUUUUAUAAAAAUGGCAUUUACUAAAGAUACAGUAGAUAAUCUAGAUUCUAAAGCAUUUCAUUACAUAUGUCGUUUUAGACUCAUGUCUUUAAGUAAAAGGAAGGUACAUAUGGAACCAGUUAUGGAGGAAGAACGAAAGGCUUUACAACUCCUGUGUACUCCAAGUAAAGUGACAACUCCUAGCCUUACUCCAAAAACACCAACAAGUUUAGUAAAAAGAAUGAGUAGAGUAUCCUUACAAGAAUCAAAGAAUGUAUCAUAUAGUAUUUCAAAAAAUGAUGGUACAAAACUUUUACUCAAGAGAGCAAUAUUAGCAGAUAAAAAUGAGAAAGAUUCACCUAAAAAAACGCCUAAAUCAACACCUAAAACCCCUUUAAUACAAGAAACACCUAGAAGCUCUAAAAAACUUUCAAAAAACAAAAUUGAGGAUGUGUUGUCUAUGGAGCUUCAAGAAAAUUCUGAUGAAGAACUGCCCACUUUGAUUAUAAGACAACAUCAAUCAAAUACCCCAAAGAGAAAGCAAUCUUUAUCUAAAGUUAAUGAUGAAACUCCAAAAAAGGCAUUGUUGUUUGAUGAUGAAGAUAAAGAGGCAUAUUCUACACGGUUUGGUAGAACUACAAAGAAUCCAGUUACCUACAUGGAUGAAGAUGUUUCUCCUGUUAAGAGAACACCAAGAUCAACAAGAGCUUCUAAAGUGCCUGUUAACUAUAUGGAACCAGAUAUUUCACCUGUUAAAAGGACACCAAAGAAGUUGGUAUCUAAAAUGGACAAUGAAGAUGAUGAAUAUUUUAAACCGAUCCCUAAAACACCUAGAACUCCUAGAACACCAAGGGUAUUGAAAGCUACUCCUGUGAAGACUCCAAAACGUAGUGCUGCUAAGAAAAUUAUGAUGAGUGAACUAACACCAACUUUGCAUACAAGAGCUCAUUCAAUUGAUAGAAUUGAUGAAUACAUGAAAGAUAACAAAUCCCUGCCUGGACGGGAAAGUCAAAUGGCUGAAAUAUUAUCUUUUAUUAGGAAUAAGCUGUUAGAUGGCACAAGUGGAUGCAUGUACAUUUCUGGGGUGCCCGGGACAGGCAAGACAGCAACAGUUUGCUCAGCUCUGAAGCUCCUCAAGGAGGAGGAGGAUCUGCCUGACUUCCAGCUCGUUGAAGUCAACGGUAUGCGGAUCGCUGAACCAAGACAAGCCUAUGUUCUAAUAUACAAGCAACUAACAGGCAAAACGGUAGUGUGGGAGCAAGCAUGCUCCUUACUAGAAAAACGUUUUACUAAUCCUGGCCCGAGAAGAACGCCGACCGUAUUAUUGGUCGAUGAGUUGGACGCCCUUUGCACGCGUCGUCAAGACGUCCUCUACAGUAUAAUGGAAUGGGCGUCCCACAACUCGGCCCUACUCACAGUGGUAGCAGUGGCCAACACUAUGGACCUCCCCGAGAGAGCCCUGGCGGCCCGAGUGGCCUCCAGGCUGGGCCUCACCAGACUCACCUUCCCGCCCUACACUCAUACGCAACUUCAGACCAUUGUGGCUACGAGACUAGCCGGUGCUAACGUCACGCCGGAUGCAGUGCAGCUUAUUGCAAGGAAAGUAGCAGCUGUGUCUGGGGAUGCUCGACGCGCUCUAGCGCUUUGUAGUCGAGCGCUGGAACUGGCAGGACCAGAAGGUGCGGGUUUGAAGGAAGUACAGCGCGCGUUAGGAGACGCGUCGUCGAGUGCCGCAGUACGCGCGAUACGGAACUGUUCCCCCGCAGAGAUACUGAUGCUGCGAGCCGUCGCCGCUGAGGUUGAAAGGACAGGUACAGACGAAACUACCCUCUCUCGUGCUUUAUUAACCGCAGGCGCCAUAGUAGCGUUAGACGGGCGUCCAUACAAAUGUGGUUCUAUACGCGCCCCAAGUCCAUCACAAGCACACGCGAUUUGCGCACGACUAGCCGCUGCCAAGCUUCUGUUACUAGAGCCCAAACCCGCGGAGCCGAGACUGCUGCUCAACGUCAGCGCUGAUGACGUUCACUACGCUACUAGGCAGAUAAAAGUGUGAAAGAAACAAAUAAAGUGAACAAAAAUUUAGUGUCGCUGUUUAUUUAAAAUCCCAAUUUCUCGUCUUA